CAAAGUCGAAAGUCAAAAGUCAGCUCAAAUUAAUUCACGUUGCUUUGUUGUUUUAAAAUAUUAGGCUAAUUUUCAAAUUUUGAAAUGAUUGCACUUCUAGCUUCUGUUUAAGUUUUAAUAUUUAAUUAAUAAUUAGUCGAUUUUUUAUAAGAAUAAUAGACAUUGUUCUGUUCUUAAAUACCCACUUUAAUAAAAUUACAGUAUUAGGGUUAACCUACAAAUUUACUUGAAAUUUAACAAUCUACAAAACUUUCUAUUUGUGCUACAUUUUAUUAGAAAAAUUUAAAAAAUGUGUGGUCGUACAGCAUGUUGUAGGUGUUCAAAUGAUUACAAGAAAGCAACUGGAUUUUUUGAUGAGAAAACUGGUGAAUACAAAGAAACCGACUGGUUUGACCGCCCAAAUUGCAAUCUACAGUUUCGUCCGUCCAGCAAUCUUUGUCCAACAGAAGCAACGCCAGUCCUCCUGUCCGGUAGACAUUGUCAGAGCUCUGAGAUGCAAUUGUUACAGCCCAUGAUUUGGAGUAUUAUACCAUCAUGGCACAAGGGUCCAUACAACAAGCAUGGGAUGACCACAAACAAUGCUCGAAUUGAAGGCUUGAAAAACUCCAAAUUAUAUUCAAAGGCUCUACAGAAUGGUCAGAGAUGUGUGGUCAUUAGUGAUGGCUUCUACGAAUGGAAGAAAUGUGGCAAAAAUAAACAGCCCUACUUCAUCUAUGCACCACAAGACGAAAAUGUACGAGUCGAGGAUGCCAAAUGCUGGGAAGCAGCCGAGUUUGACCGCUCGCGAGGGUGGAAAGGACCCAAGGUUUUGAAAAUGGCUGGCCUCUUCGAUGUGUGGACAUCACCGCUUGGUGAGGUGAUUCCAUGCUACACAGUGAUAACAAUGGCAUCCAAUCAGCACUUUUCUUGGAUUCAUGAGAGAAUGCCAGCGGUUUUGGAAAAUGAUGAAGCUGUUCAAGAGUGGCUGGACUCGGAUGGUAUGUCGCCAGAGGAGGCACUCAAUCUGCUGAAGCAGUCGGACACACUGCGAUGGCACCCGGUGACGUCACGUGUCGGUGACUCUCGCUACAAAUCAGCUGAUUGCACCAAACCUGUCAAAUCGCAGCCUGUGAUGUCUGCUUUCUUCAAACCAAAGAAGCCCGAGUAGAUUCUCAAGCCAUCGUAAGUCGAUCAAUUGAGCAAACCCAGCAUUUCCUAACUAUCGUAUACAACAAUCAACUUUUUAUCAUCAUUUCUAGUACAAAUUACUACCUAGACUUGUAAAUAUAGUAGUUUGUAUUGUAGUGUAGAAUAAUAGUGUCUUGCUCAAUACAAUAAUUCUAUAGUAUUAGGAUCAAAUAUGAGUUGAAAAUAUUUAAACAAAAAAUACUCUUCAAGUUGCCGAUACCUCAUGUUUUCUUGCAUUUGUUGAAUAAUUUCAGUUAUUGUUUUAUAUUCUAGAUCACGUUCUUAUUAAAUGUAUUGUUAGUCAAUUUAUGUUCAAAACUUGACAAAGACAGAAGCUGGAAACAAGAUAAUUGUAGUGAUAUGGUAAAAGCGGUUCUAAUUUAAGAGUGUAUUUGUAAUUGAUUCCAAUAAUUUAGUUACCUCAAUUUUCGGUUUAAUUGAUUAAAUGUUUAGUGUUAGUUGUUCAGUGAUAAAGUACGAGUAUAUUAUUAAAAUAUCAGAUUUUCAGUUCUUCCCUUCUGCAAUUGGUGUUAUCUUCUACGACAGUAUUCUACAGAAUUUUAUUUUUUAACUUUUGAGAAAUUGCAUUCAUUUAUACGUUAUUCCGAACUGUAUUAAAAAAUUAUUGACAUUUAGUGAAAUCUACUUAGGUUUCUUAAUUUAUGAUUGAUAUUGAAUGAGUAUUGGUAUUUUAUAAUGGAUGAGUUUCUAGUUUCCGCCGGAAGAAAACGCUUUGUAAGUUAUAUUUCCAUUUGUUUUAUUCUUACACCCUCAUACCGGUAGUAUUAUAGUAUGAUUAAUUAUAUUGCUAUGCCCUGUUUCUUAAAAUAAUGAAGUAUUCGUGAUUGUAAAAAACUUUAUAAUUCAAUGAAAAAUUCGUUCUACCCAGUUUUCUUGAUGACCUUAGCCUACACUCUUAAAUUAUUCAAUUAAUUAGGUACUCAAAAAUAUCAUGUUGUGUAUGAGAUUUCUAAUUUAGGUGGCAAAGUCUGCUGCAAAUGGAUUAUUAAAUUGAACAAUAAUUGUAAUAAAUAAAUAACCAUUAUUUGAUCUAUUUUUGAUAAAAAGAAUUGAGUUCCCAAAUAGAUAUCAUACAUUUUCUAAGCUUUAUCAGUUUUUUAAUGCCAUUCAUUCAUUUAUUACAUAUCUGAGUAGUCUGUUGCAUGUUCGUGACAAAUUACUUGUUCAUGUUAUAUGUUAAUUUAAUGAACACUAAUAGAUGGAUGCUUUUAUUCUUUCAUUACACUUUUCAUAAGAACAAAGCCAUAUAAAUCAGGAAUACAGGAAAUUGAAUAGUCCUAAAGAUGAAAAGUAUUCGAGUAUAAAAUAAAAAAUAGUUAUGAGUUUUAUGUUGAAGAAAUGAAUGUAUUAUAAUAUUAAUGAUGUUGCUGUGAUCCUCUUCUUAACUUAGGUGAUUUAAAAAGUGUAGCCUAAUUAUGAAAUAUGUUGUUUAUU